UCACUCACCGAGCGAAAGCUUAGUUGCAAUCUCUGCGAGGGCGAGAGGAACCACCCCAUCCUCCGGUAGCUUUCCUCCAAGCCACCUCGGCGAUCGAAGAGAAAGGCUAGUAGAAGCGAUCGCUCCGACAGAUAUUUCACAUACUUUUACCCUCGGAUUCGCCGUCUUUCCCCGUGAUGUUGCGAAGGUGCAUUUGGGAGCUCUCUUCGCGUCGAGCCACCAGCAGGAUCCAUCGGCGGAUCGCACCCCAGAUAUCAGUCUACCUUUCAUCAAGAAGCCAGUUCUCAAGUGCUCCUCCGCAGAAUUCAUUACAGGGAUCUGCUACUGCAGACAAUGCUUCUCAUUCAAGGAGCUAUAUCUCAAAGCUUGUUCUUGGGAGUGUAGUUAUUGGAGCUGCUAUUACAGCAGCUUAUAAAACUGGCUACAUAGAUAUUCAAGUAAAGGAUGACAAAUCUUCUCCUAACUCUAGUAAGUUGAAUGCUGCUAAAGAUUCCAAAGACCUGGAACUUUCAGUUGAACAAGCAGUUCUUCUAAGUAAUGAAGAAACAAGCACGUUGGAACCUGACAUUGAGAUUGUUGAGAAAAGUGAUGAACCUCAAGGUCAGGAAUUUGAGAUUAAAGGAGAAGCAAUUUUAGAGAGAGUACCUUUGGAGGAGACUGCUCCUCUGAAAGAAAAUGAACCAACAGAGGUUGAUUCUAAAAUACCAUCCGAAGUGAGUUCUUCAGUUGCUGAUGAGCAAAAAGCCGAUUCUGAAGUAUCAUCUGAAGGCACUACGUUAGAUGACAUAUUGGUCUCUACAGAAGUGACUGUGGAACAGAACAAGUCAAAUGAAACUUCUAAAGAAAACAUAGGAGAAGAAUCACAAGUUUCUGAAGAAGCUGUAUUAAAGGAGGCCCCCAUUAAAGUGGCAAUGCAGGAUUCUGCAGAUACUGAGGAAGGGCCAUAUAAGUCUCUGUCUGAGUCAUAUUCCUUACAAGAUGAAGGGAGCCAGAAAAUUUCCAGAGAAGAGAUCAAUACUGAUGCUGUGGCAACAUUUUCUACUAUUAAAGAGGGAUAUAUAGGUGCAACCGAACAAGUGAGGGAUGAGGAAAGUUCCAAAGAUGGAAAAAUAGUACUUGAUUUAAUAGAAGCUAUCCAUGCUGCUGAGAAAAAGCAAGCUGAAUCAGAUGCUUUUGUCUUUGCUGAAGAAAAAAGGGUGUUGAAGGAGAAAUAUGAAAAGCAACUGAAGGAUGCUAAGGCCCGAGCGCUAAUGUAUGCUGAAGAGGCAGCAAUUUUGGAGAAGGAGUUGAACAGAGAGAAGGCAAAAGCAGCAGCUGCAAUCAAGUCACUUCAGGAAAAAUCUGAAAACAAACUUAGAGAGGAAUUGCAACGCAAGGACGAAGAAACUGAUACGCAGCUUAAGAAAGUUAAAGAGUUAUCAAAAGCUGAAUUAGCUGCAGCUAUUGCAAAGGAGAAAUCAUCUCAGAUAGAAAAGAUUGCUGAAGCAGACCUUAAUAUAAAUGCUUUGUGUAUGGCGUUCUAUGCAAGAUCUGAAGAAGCCCGCCAGACACACUCUGUUCACAAACUUGCACUGGGAACACUUGCUUUGGAAGAUGCUCUAUCCAGAGGAUUGCCAAUCCGAGCUGAGGUAGAUGCACUGCUAAAGUCACUUGAAGGCAUUGAUAAGGAUUCACUUGUAGAGUUGGCACUUUCAUGCCUUCCAGAAGAAAUAUUAAACAAUGGGACAAGCACUCAGAUGCAGCUCAAUCAAAAGUUUGAAUCCCUGAAGGGUACCCUGCGGCAUUUCAGCCUUAUUCCAGCUGGCGGUGGUGGUAUCUUAGCUCAUAUGGUAGCUCAUGUUGCAUCUUCAAUAAAGAUGAAAGAACAAUCCGGAGAUGGAAUCGAGCCUGUCAUCAGCAAAGUUGAGAACUUGUUGGUAGACGGUAAUUUUGUGGAGGCAGCAGAUGUCUUGGAAGGAGGGGUUCGUGGCAGUGAAGCAGAGGAAGUUGUCAUCGAGUGGGUGAGGCAGGCAAGGAACCGUGCAGUUGCAGAGCAAGCACUUACUCUUCUUCAAUCAUAUGCCAUGUCUAUUACCUUUACCUAGUUCUCGGCAUGCAAUAUAAGUCUGUUCUACGAUUCCAAGAGGCAGUUUUCAUGUUUACAUGCCCUCAAACUAUCAUCACCACUGCUCUGCUCAAUUCAUCAGCGUGGUGGUCGUGUGCAAGAGGACACAGAUGUCUUUGGCAUCUCUUCUUGAGCUUUUGCUCAUCUUAAGCCUGGGUACAUUUUUUUUUUUUACGGUGGCAAUCAAAUAAUGGAGGGUUGUUUUCUAUACAAACGAGGUUAUUCUCGAUUGGGGUCCGAUUCUGUAGGUUUUUUCUGUUAAAAAAUUUAUUGAAGAUAUAAAGAAUCAUUUUGUCCGA